AUGGUCCAAAAGGCAUUGGAUUCGCGCAUCGCUGCGCUGAUUCACAAUGGCAUUCAAGAGAAGAAGAGAAGCUUUAUCAUAGUGGUAGGAGACCGGGCGAAGGAUGCUAUUGUGUAUCUUCAUCACAUCAAGUCAACAAAGGACAUGAAGCAGAAUAAAUCGGUUCUAUGGGCCUACAAGAAUAAGCUGCUUGGGUUUACGAGUCACCGAAAGAAGCGCGAGAACAAGAUCAAGAAGGAUAUAAAACGUGGCAUACGAGAAGCAAAUACCGAGGACCCUUUCGAGCUCUUCGUUUCUCUGCACGACAUUCGAUAUGUAUACUACAAGGAGACGGAAAAGAUUCUGGGGAAUACAUACGGAAUGUGCAUAUUACAGGACUUCGAAGCCAUUACUCCAAACCUACUUGCCAGAACAAUUGAAACGGUCGAAGGAGGUGGUCUUGUUGUGUUGCUCCUGAAAGGCAUGAACAGCUUGAAGCAGUUAUACACUUUGUCUAUGGACGUCCACUCGAGAUACCGAACAGAAGCUCACGAUGAUGUCACUGCAAGAUUUAACGAGCGCUUUAUCCUAUCCCUUGGCAAGUGCGAAUCAUGUCUGGUCAUAGAUGAUGAGAUGAAUGUAUUGCCAAUUUCUGGAGGAAAGAAUGUUACCGCACUUCCUCCUCCAGAUCGCGAUGAACCGAAGUCUGAGGCACAGGAAGAACUAGACAAUAUGAAGGAAGCACUAGAGGACACACAACCAGUUGGAUCAUUAGUCACUUUAGCGAAGACUGUCGACCAAGCAAAAGCUUUACUCACUUUUGUGGAUGCUAUUGCCGAGAAGACUUUAAGGAGUACGGUCACACUGACAGCAGCUCGUGGCCGGGGAAAAUCUGCUGCUUUGGGUGUGGCUGUAGCUGCAGCAGUAGCUCACGGGUACAGCAAUAUCUUCAUCACAUCGCCAAGUCCAGAGAAUCUGAAGACCCUGUUUGAGUUUAUCUUCAAGGGUUUUGAUGCUCUGAAUUACAUGGACCACGUGGAUUAUUCUAUCAUUCAGUCUACCAAUCCUGAUUUCAACAAGGCAAUUGUGCGGGUCAAUAUCCAUCGCCAACAUAGGCAGACCAUUCAGUAUAUUAGACCCCAAGAUGCACAUGUCUUAGGACAGGCCGAACUUCUGGUUAUAGAUGAGGCGGCUGCAAUCCCUUUACCUCUUGUCAGAAAGCUGAUGGGCCCUUAUCUGGUGUUUAUGGCUUCCACAAUCAAUGGAUACGAAGGUACAGGAAGAUCACUAUCCCUCAAGUUGAUCAAACAACUGCGGGAGCAAUCUAGAGGAACCUCCAAACCCAACGGGGCUGGCGAUGCCAACGUUGAUCGAGCCACUGGGAAAGCCUCCAAAACCGACGACAGCUUUUCAGGAGGUCGUUCUCUGCGGGAAAUUACACUCUCAGAACCGAUUCGAUAUGCGAAGGGUGAUGGUGUAGAGAAAUGGCUGAACACAGUACUCUGUUUAGAUGCCACUCUCCCGCGGUCAAGACUGAAUACUCUUCAAGGCUGCCCCGAUCCAUCCCAAUGUCAGUUACUCAACGUCAACCGCGACACUCUCUUCUCAUUUCACGAAGUAUCGGAAAAAUUCCUCCAGCAAAUGAUUGCACUUUAUGUAGCAAGUCAUUACAAGAACACCCCCGAUGAUCUACAAUUGAUGAGUGAUGCUCCUGCGCAUCAGCUUUUUGUGCUCGUACCACCAAUCCCUGAAGACAGCAAGCACUUGCCCGAACCGUUAUGUGUGAUUCAAGUUGCGCUUGAAGGUAAAAUCAGCAAAGCGAGCGUACUGAACAGCUUGAGCAGGGGAAAGAGGGCGGCUGGUGAUCUUAUUCCUUGGAUUGUCAGUCAGCAGUUCCAGGAUGAAGAUUUUGCUGGACUCUCUGGUGCUCGUGUUGUGCGCAUAGCAACAAACCCCGAUUACAUCUCAAUGGGUUACGGAAGCAAGGCUCUCGAGCUAUUGAACGAUUUCUACGAGGGCAAAUUCGCCGACCUUUCAGAAGAUUCCAAUGGCUCUGGUCAAGAAACGAUUACUCGGGUCACAGAUGCUGAACUUGCGAACGCCUCUCUUCUUGACGAUGAUAUCAAGGUUAGAGAUAUUCGAAAGAUGCCACCUCUGUUUUCAAAGCUUUCAGAACGUCGCCCAGAACACCUAGAUUACGUUGGUGUCAGUUAUGGUCUCACGAAGCCACUACACAAAUUUUGGAAACGAGCCUCCUUCUCUCCAGUGUACCUCAGACAAACUCCAAAUGAGCUGACUGGUGAACACACAUGCGUAAUGAUCCGUCCACUUGAUAACAGCGACGACAAGUCAUGGCUUGGGGCUUUCUCUCGAGACUUCCAUCGCCGAUUCUUGUCUCUACUCUCGUACCAGUUCCGCGAAUUCCCACCCGGUCUUGCCCUCAGUAUCGAUGAGUCUGCGAACAUGGGAGCAAGACUUGACACAGAACAUCAACCACAGCCUCUCACUAAAGUCGAGCUUGACGCUUUACUCUCUCCCUUUGACCUCAAACGACUAGAGUCAUAUGCAAAUAACAUGCUUGACUACCACGUUGUGCUAGAUCUUGUCCCAAAACUAGCCAAUCUUUACUUCACUGGGCGACUGAAACCAGACAUCAAACUCACUGCGAUCCAGCAGUCUAUUCUCCUAGCCGUUGGAUUGCAGUGCACAGAUCUAUCUGCAGUUGAGGUUGAGGGAAUUUCGCUUGAAAAUUCACAAUUACUUGCUAUGUUCAUCAAGAUCAUGCGCAAGAUGAGCUCGCACUUUGCCGCUCUCGUAUCCGGUGCGAUCGAAGCAGAGAUGCCACGACGAGACAUCGGUGUCAGCAGGGAAGACGCAAGCGGUGCUCACGAUGAUGAAGUGGUCGACACCCAAUUCAUGCCUCUAGAAAGAGACUUGGAAGACGAGCUUGAGGAGGGUGGUGAUGAAGCAUUGAAAGGAUUGAGAGAGAAGCAAAGAGAGCUGAUUGAUUCUCUGCCUUUGGACCAGUAUGAAAUCGAGGAAGGGGCGCCAGGCUGGGCAGCUGCAGAGAAACAAGUCCUUACAGCUACCAAGGGGGGGCAAAAGAAUCCGGUAGUCAGUGUAAAGAGUAGUAAGUCAAAGAGGAAGGCGGAUGAGACGGCGGCGGAGAUUUAUGCAAAGGAGAUGGGAGAAAAGUCGACUAAAAAGGCGAAGAAAUCUAAAAAGGGGCGUUCAUAG